UCUCAUGUUUCCUCCUGUUGAUACAUUAAAACAUGGGUUAUCCAUCUAUAAAAACAGUGGCCCCAAACAAACGGCAACAUACUCAACCGACCACCGCACUUUCACGUGAAGUAAUCAUCCUUGGCAAUUAAGAGAAAAAAAUGGGACAAGUGUUUCUGCUGAUGCCAGUCUUACUGGUCAGUUGUUUUCUGAGUCAAGGGGCAGCGAUGGAAAACCAACGGCUCUUCAACAUCGCGGUCAACCGGGUGCAACAUCUCCACCUACUGGCUCAGAAAAUGUUCAAUGACUUUGAAGGCACCCUGUUGUCUGAUGAACGCAGACAGCUGAACAAGAUAUUCCUGCUGGACUUCUGUAACUCGGACUCCAUCGUGAGCCCAAUCGACAAGCAGGAGACUCAGAAGAGUUCAGUCCUGAAGCUGCUCCAUAUCUCUUUCCGCCUGAUUGAAUCCUGGGAGUACCCUAGCCAGACCCUGGCCAUCUCCAACAGCCUAAUGGUCAGAAACUCCAACCAGAUCUCUGAGAAGCUCAGCGACCUCAAAGUGGGCAUCAAUCUGCUCAUCAAGGGGAGCCAGGAUGGCGUACUGAGCCUGGAUGACAAUGACUCUCAGCAUCUGCCUCCCUACGGGAACUACUACCAGAACCUGGGGGGCGAUGGCAACAUCAGGAGAAACUACGAACUGUUGGCCUGCUUCAAGAAGGACAUGCAUAAGGUUGAGACCUACCUGACCGUCGCUAAGUGCAGGAAGUCGCUGGAGGCCAACUGCACUCUGUAAACAUGGGCUGGAGCGGAAGCCAGCAAGAGCCUGUCUCCAGGGUUAGGUUUCCCAGAUACAGAUUAGACCUUGCCCUGCACUGAAGUGCAUUUUCAAUUGAGAUUCUCCAUUAGGCAUGCUUUUCAGUCUAGAGUAGAUUUAAUUUGGAUCUGGUAGAGCCUGACUCCAGGGGUUUUCAAGCAUUUGCAUUUUGUUCUCUGAAAUCAACAACAGCACUUUCUAUGAUAUUCACUCUAUUACUCAUUGAUCUAUAGACAUUUUAGAUUAGUACAUUUAUAGAAAAGUUUAUAAAAACGUGUUAUUUAGAUAUAUGAUUCAAGGUGGUGCUGCAAUUUAUGCAUACAUUAAUAUUUAGGGGUGAAAUGGGAACUUGUAGAGCUCCAAGCUUUUGGUAUGUCCACAGAUGGAUAAUAUAUUUUAGAGUAAUUUCAUUUAAGUAUUUUCAUUCCUUAAUCUUACUGUUUGAAACUAAUAGUGAUUAGUUUUCAAUAAAGCUGUUGUUCUCUGCGGUA